AUGAAAGACAAAUACUGCAUUGUGCAUGAGCGUGACAGUGCCCGACGAUAUUGGGGUUAUGUUGUGAUUGCGCAUCCUGCGGCAGUUCAGCGAAAUUUGCAUCAUUCCGCAGCACAUUUUCAGUCCGACGGCGACAUAUGCAAUGAGGCAGCUGCGAUUUUUGAAAAAACUGCCAGUAAAGUACUAGUGGUCAGUGGUGCUAAUCGCUUCGCUGUUAUCGGAAAUCUGACAAAUGAAUGCCAGCAUAAGACCGCUAUGGCAGAUGCAGCACAUAAUAACGAGACAAUGUUCUAUACAAUGAAUUUAGCUCUGCACGAUGCUUCUGUCGGAUCAAAGAAUCCUCUUUUUAUCGAAUGGCAUGGAAUGCAUGAGAAAUCCUGUGGAUCAAUUUCUGUAUUCAUAAGCGCUGGUUUGAACCAUACAGCAGCAACCUAUCAGGAUCCCUCUUCGCCAGUUAAUAGACUACAUCGAUUACAGCUAAAAAGAAGUUUCAAUGAAUUAAGUGGCGGAGCGGCAAUACCGGAAGCACAAUCCACGUGCCGCUUACUGGGUACAACAAACAUUUUCGGGCGUUACGUGAAUGGUGUACCAGCAGCAGAAGUUUGCAGUCAACCUGUCAAUGGAGCUGUAAGCUAUUAUGAUUGUGUUGCUGAAAAAAAUGGCUGUUUUAAUGGAAAACACUUAAACCACCAGCUUGUCUGCCUAUGCUUUUCAAUUUUUCUUUAG